AUGCAAUAAAUGAAUGCAGAUACUAUAAAAUGUCCAAAUUCUGAGCAUGCCAAUGAUGUCAAAUUGAUAUGUUUUAAUGAGUCUUGUAAAGCAAAUAGAUUAUAUUGUAUUUAAUGUAUGAAAGAUGGAACUCAUAUUUCUCAUCCUUAAAAUUAAUAAGAAUUACCCAUGUUAUUUGAAUUUAUUGAAAAAACUGAAAAAGAAUGUAAUGAUUGGAUGACUAGUUUGAAUUAAUAAAUGGAUUUGGCUUAAUAAUCAUUCUAUUUUUUGCUUGAAGGAAUUAGAUCUAAAUAUCAGAAAACUAAAGAAUAAUUUCUUAAUUUAAAUUCAAAAUAGAUGAAUUCCUUUUUUGUAGAAAUCAUCCAAUUCAAAUCAGUUUAAUAAACAAUUAAAGACCAAAUCGAAAAUUCCAUCAAAGAAUUAUAAAAUUAAAUGGAAAAGUUAACAUAUGGUUUAAAAUUAUCCGAAUUAAAUUAUUGUUCAAUAUCUGAUUCAAAUAUUCAAAAGUCAGAAGAAUUAUAUAAAAAAGGUAAUUAAUCAACUAAAUUAGGUUAUCAAUUAUAUUGGAAUGAUGACAAUUAUAAAGAGGCGAUUAAAAUGUUUGAUUAAGCAUUAAUUUUUAAUUCAACACAUUAAUUAUCAUUAUAGUGCAAAGGUAUGAUUUUAUUAAAAUUGAUAGCCUAGAGUCUAAAGAUGCUUGGUUAAUAUAAUGAAGCAAUCAUUUGGAUAGAUAAAGCGUUGUAAGUUGAUCCAAAGCAUUGCAAUUCAUUGUAUUGCAAAGGUAUAACUAUUCUUAAACUUGUUAGCUGAGAGUUUAAGGAUGCUUGGUUAAUUCAAUGAAGCAAUCAUCUGGGCAGAUAAAGCGCUGGAAAUUGAUCCAAAGCAUUGUAGUUCAUUAUUUUGCAAGGGUAUGAAAAAUGUUUGAUUUGAAGGUACCAUAUUAACAUAAUUGAGAAUGUUUAAUGAAGCUAUGUUGGUGAUUGAGUAAUCUUUAUCAAUCAAUCCAAAUAAUUUUGAUUCUUUAUGGUCAAAAGGUUGAUGUAUUUUACUAUCAAUAGGUCUUUGUUUACAAUAGCAGAAUUAAUUUAAAGAUGCCAUAACAUUUUAUGAAAAAGCUUUAACGAUAAUACCAAAUCAUUAAUGGACUAAAAAUAGAAGAGGUAUAUAUUUCUAAAAAAUUCAGAUGAAUGUUUAAAAGCCUUAAAUAACAAAUCAUUAUUCAAAUUCUUGAAAAUAUAUUGA